CUGUCUCUUUAGAAGAGGAAGCACAAGUAAUCCCAAAAACCCCAGAGUCCCAUCCAGAGUUAAAAUUGGAUCCUGAAGCUGAGAAAACUAUUUCUAAAUCUAUCAAAGAUUUAAGUAGCUCUUUUAAUGCCUUAUUAAAAAACCUAAAGAAUGAAUUGAAAGAGGUUGACAUUGCUGAUGUAGUGGAAUAUCUGGAAGAGAAUGGUUUAGAUUACCUUCCUUUCGAUGACCUAAAGACAGCUAAAGACUUUAGAGACUUCAUUAAUAAAGUUAAUGAGCAUUAUGAUUUCCUGGACUGCUCUCUUCUUCAAUUAAUAGCAGAAGAGUUUGCAACAGAUGCUUUAUCUGAAAAAUUUGAAGAGCAUUCAAAUGUUGCUGCAGAGUUUCGGGAAUCACAUACAGUUGAUGAUCUUAAAUAUAAUUUAACAGAGAUAUUUAAUCCAUACCUUGAUGAUUUUGAAAAAGGGCCCAUAGCACGUAUAGAUCUUAACAAUGCCUGGAAUGGUGUUCAAUUAAGUAGACUCCGUACCCUCAUUGGAUGCUUCUUUCCUGACAUCAAAAUAAAAAGGGCCCUAACAAAACAUGUUCUAAUCAAGUGCAGAUCUGUUCACAUCACAUACUACAUGACUGAAUCAGCAGAUCAAAUACAACAGAUAAUAGCCUGUGCUCGUGAGAGGGUGGACUUUAUGAAGCAUAUUGGUCUCUACCAUCUUGCUAUUAAUGGGGAAGUCAUUCUAAAUGAAGCCGAGAAAAAAGAUUUCAAAUUUGAGUCAGCACUACAAGAAGCAGCAAAGGUAGGUGAUAGUGAAGCAGUGGAGGUACUCCUUGAAAUAGGAAGAGGUACUGAUGUGUUGGGGGACAUUUCUAAGGCUUUAUUUCAUGCUUCUAGUAAUAAUCACUAUCGAGUCGUUAAACUCUUCCUUAAUGAAGGCGCUAAUCCAAAUGUUAGAGACACUGAUGGGGAAUCAGCUAUGCAUGCAGCUAGCAGGAAAGGUCAUCAUAAAAUAGUCGAGUUACUUCUUAAGGAGAAAGCUGAUCCAAAUACUUGUUCAAAUAAUGGUAUAACAACGCUUAUGUUAGCCAGUUUCAAUAAUUGCUAUCAAGUGAUAAAAUUACUUCUAAAAGAAAAGGUUAAUCCUAAUAUUCAAACCAAAAAUGGGACAACAGCAUUAAUGCUAGCAAGUCAAAGUGGUCAUACUGAAAGUGCAGAGUUACUCCUUAAGGCAGGUGCUGAUCCUGACAUUAAAGAAGAAGAAGGUUGGACAGCACUCAUGAUAGCUUGUCAAAGUGACCAUACUAAAGUAGCACAAUUACUUCUUGAGAAUAAAGCUGAUCCAAAUAUUUGUUCAAAUGACGGUAGGACAGCACUUAUGUCAGCCAGUUUUAAUAAUUGUCAUCAAGUAGUCGAGUUACUUUUAAAGGAAAAGGUUGAUCCUAAUAUUCAAA